AGAGCAACUUCAAAUUCAGAAUCACAACGCCGGCGGAUUCCUCACCAGCGGUGACUCUUCCCUCUCUUACUCUCAUCUGUAUUUUUGUUUCCUCGAGUUUUUAGUUAGUUUUCAUCAAAUCUUAGUUAGGGUUGGGUUAGUCCGGUGGUAUUGGUUUGGGACCUCGGAGUGUGCUUCCUCCUUAAGGUUUUGUGGUCAUUUCAAUUCAACUAGCCUUGUUUAUUAUUUUUGGUUUGUGCUUCAACAAUGGCUGAUGAGUUGGGAAAAACAGUCUCAAAUGAUGCUUUAAACUCAAAAGAAGCUGAGAAGCCUCAGAUUCAGCCCAUAAGUUUGCCCACUGUUGAGGAAAUUCGUGGCCAAGACAUUUGGAAUAAUUGCGCUGUGCGCAGUGUUGUUAGUGGUGUCAUGGGAGGUGGUCUCGGCAUCUUCAUGGGAUUGUUUCUUGGAGCACUGGACAACCCACUAAUGCAGGAGGAAAUGACUGGCAAACAACAGCUUAUAUUUCAAGCAAAGCAGAUGGGGCGAAGGAGUUGGAGUUCAGCCAAAGCAUUUGCUGUUAUGGGUUUAGUAUUCUCAGCUGCCGAGUGUGUUGUUGAAAAGGCCCGAGCUAAACAUGACAUCGGAAAUACUGCUGUUGCUGGAUGUGCUACUGGAGGUGCUAUAUCAGCUAAAGGUGGUCCAAAAGCUGCAUGUAUGGGUUGCGCUGGCUUUGCAGCAUUCUCUGUCGUGAUAGAGAAGUUUUUGGAGAGGCAUCAAUAAGAGAAGCAUUCUUCAAUCAUAGUUUGAGUUCUUGAUAAAAAUACUUUACCCAUAAUGAUAAAGGGGCAUGAUAGGGAGAAACAUGAAUUGCCGUAUUAAUCACAUCUAUAAUUUAUUUGUAUACAAUGUCAUUGAUGGGUGCAUUCUCCGAACUUGGGAAAGCUCUUUGUAAUGACAUGAUUUAGUAUUGGAAAAUGCUUAGUAUUAAGAAAACCCGAGGAGCAAUAAUUGUGAUUGACUCUUUCAAGUGUUUA